CCCGUUUUACCCUUAUGACCAAGUUCCACUCCAAAGUAUACACGGAUGUGCUAGCAUCCAAACCCAAAUCAUACUGGGACUACGAUAGCUUCCAACUCUCUUGGAAUCCCACCGAUUCCUACGAGAUUUUGAACCGAAUUGGCCGGGGUAAAUAUUCUGAAGUGUUUUUGGGGGUUGAAACCACCAACGGAAGUUACUGUGUUAUAAAGGUGCUUAAGCCAGUCAAGAAGAAGAAAAUCAAACGAGAAAUAUCGAUUCUCAAAAAUGUUUGCCAGGGACCCAACAUUAUCGGUGUCCAUGAUAUCGUCAAGAAUCCAGCCCUGAAAACCCCUGCCAUCAUAUUCGAAUACGUUAAUAACGUUGACCAUCGGACGUUAUAUCCAACUCUCAAAGACCUCGACAUCCGAUUCUACAUGCUUGAGCUACUCAAGGCAUUGGACUACUGUCACCUGAUGGGCAUUAUGCAUCGAGACGUUAAACCUAAUAAUAUUAUGAUAGACCAUCCUCAACGGAAACUCCGUCUCAUUGAUUGGGGGUUGGCAGAGUACUACCAUCCUGGUACCGAGUACAAUGUGCGAGUGGCGACCCGAAAUUUCAAAGGUCCAGAGUUACUUCUUGACUUCCGUUAUUAUGACUAUUCCCUCGACUUAUGGUGUUUGGGAUGUACGUUGGCAGCGAUGGUGUUCAAGAAGGAGCCGUUUUUCUUUGGCAAGCUGAACUCCGACCAGCUUGUUCAAAUAGUGCGAGUGUUGGGGUCAGAAGACCUCAAAAGGUAUUUACAGAAGUACAACUUGAAGUUGGCUGAGGAGUUUGAUGACUUGGGGUUCUACAACAAAAAGCCAUGGACCAAGUUUGUCAACUCCGAUAAUAGGCAUCUUGUGAGCGAGGAGUUCUUGGACUUUAUUGACAAGAUCUUGAAGUUUGAUCACCAAGAGAGAUUGACUGCCAAGGAGGCCAUGGCACAUGUGUAUUUCGAUCCGGUAAGAAAUGGUAUUUGAGUUAUUGUAUUAUAAAAUUUCCAUAAAUUAUGUAUAAAUGUAGGACUGUUGGGUAACUAAAAUUAAAUAGGUGAAUUUGGCGAUAUUUUUGAUU